AUGGAGAGCCCGUUCAAGUCGCCGGUGCCGCAGCCUGCGGAUAAUGGAAACACCAUGGUUAUCCAACAAUUCGCGAGAUACCCUCCUCUUUUUGAAACACCACUGCGCAGUGGUUCUCCCGGUAGCACAAGGAGCAGACUCGCUGCAUCCCACUCGCCUCCUUUACGGCGGAAAGAGACGCCGCGCAGCUUACAGUCUUCGCCCAGGGGGCCGUUAUCUGGUGUGAUGACAUCGUCGGGUUUACGCACAGGCAUUUCCAUGUCACCUCCGCCAAUUGACACUAAUUCUCGACGAGCCAUACCUAGAGACUCGGUCGGCGAUGCAGAGCGCCGCAUUCUCCCUCCCCGAGACGUUACCGAUGAAACGAUAGACGACGCGUACGUUGCGUUCAUUAUGUACUGCAAUCCCAAUGUGCCGAUAUCUACCGAUUCAAGCGAAUUGCGGAAAACAUUUCGUGGUCCACCUCGCAGCGACGGAAAAAGUUUUAGUGUCUUUAUACUCUGGGAACUCAUACGUAAACUGGACCGCAAGGAGCUCAAGACUUGGAUUCAGUUAGCGAUUGAACUAGGCGUGGAACCUCCUUCGCUUGAGAAAAAGCAGAGUACGCAGAAAGUACAGCAAUAUGCUGUUCGUCUCAAGCGUUGGAUGCGUGCGAUGCACGUUGAUGCAUUUUUUGAAUACCUCCUUGGCCAUGACCAUUCUUAUUUCAAACAACUUCCUGCCUUCAAUGGUCCGGCGUGUGAGGAUCGGGACGGCGUCCCUUUAGAAGAAGAUCUAGCCCUUAGGGCCUUGGUCCCCGAGUGGAAACCCAAGCGGGGCAGAAAACGUGCGGAUGAGAAAGACAGAGAAGAUGCUCGUUACCCUAAACGUCCUCAAUUAGAUACGUCAAUGACUGUACUUGAUGGUAAUGCCUUGGCCGCCCAUGCAGCAAAUUUCCCACAUAGCGCCAUUCCAUUCAGCGCAUUUCCAGACGAUAUAGAUCCGAAUGAUCCGUGGGCCGCAGCCGCAUCCUCGUUUGGAACCGACCAGCAGGUUGGGACUCUGGCUGCUCCAGACCUGCGUUGGCGGCCCUUUGAGGGAGACGGCUCUCCUCCAGGCUUUCCACGAUCAGCUGUUAUUCCCAGAAAUCAUGAAACGGAGUCUGCUCCUGUGGCAGAGCCUCGGUCUGCAGUGACACCCUCCUCCCGAGAGAAAUCUCGAAGUCGGCGACGUCACGGGCCGGCUGUAUCUUCUGCAUGGCCCAGCAAUACAGGAUCAAUGACAGGAAAAGUUCGAGGAAGACCACCCAAUCGUGGAUCUGCUCCUGGUGGUCCAUUUUCUUCCUUUCCCGCGAAUCCUGCACGUUCCAAUACACCAAAUCAUAUGGCAAGUGUGCGGUCAUCUCCAGCAAUGGGGGUAGAUAACAUAUCUUUAGCUCCGCCGCGGAAUCAGACACCAAAUUCUAUGGGGAAUUUGCAUAUGAAGCCUGAAAGGCUUCAGCUACAUGUCCCACAAAGCACUGGACGGCCUGUACGUUUGGCGACGCCACCAACCUUGGUACUUAAUGGGGCGAAUGAUGCCUCGGCCCGUUUUGAUCACCUCGGGGGACGCCGCGCAUCGAUCGCAACGUCAAAUGAUAUCGACGAUGCCGCUUCUCUCCCCUCGAUGAUCACUGAUCGCGGCCUGCAAUUAGGACAACCUACAAAGGUAUCAAUUGACGACGUUACUCGCGCUGUCGCCGGGAGAAUUUUGCGGGCAAAAAUAAUAGGCCGAUCAACGUCCAUUGAAGUUGAUGAAGCUCGCGCUCUCGCAAAUGUUGCCGUGCAAAGGAUUUGCUCCAUCUACUCUAUGGUGCCAAUAGACUCUAUCGCUACUUUCUGUGCCUUAUAUUUCGGUGUCGCUCAUAGAUUAGGGCUAGCGCGUGUUUCACCUGGAUCUUUUACCGUUAAAAUCAUUCAACCCCCUGACAAUGGUUCGUUAGUAGUGCCUACACGUUCCACUCAGACUUAUACACUGGUACUCGAAUCCCGACCUGGCCAUGGCUUCGGAUUUAAUAGUACCCUAAGCGACCUUUCUUUGGCUCCUGGUCAACAGGAAAACGUACUUCAUCGCAACACCGAAACACUCGGCUUUCAAACGGAAGAUGAUGAAUUUGGAAACGACGAUGACUUUGGCGGCAACGAGUCGAUGGACGAAGGAAGUUGGAAACAGCGUUAUAUGCGUUUGCGACACCAGAUGCGCCGCAAAGAAUCUGCUUUGCGUGAAUAUAAAAAGAACAUUUUGCAAUCUGUUAUGGCUGAUUUAUAG